AUGGCUGAUAUAUCUUCUGAUCAGGAAGCUGAUCUUAAUCUAGAACAUCAACAGUUAUCUUCUCUCGAAGAAUCAAGUCCUCGAAAUCGUCGUUUAUAUUCAUUUGUCGGUACAUAUGGAGGCGAUACUCCCAACUUAUCUAGAGUAGAAUGUGCUAAACAGUAUCUCGCAAAGCAAUGCACAACAUUGACUUUUCUAUGUUGUUUAAAUUCAUUCUUGGAUAAAAUACCAAUUCUUCGCUGUUUGAAAGAAUAUAAAAUUCGCAAAUAUUUAUUUGGAGACAUUAUUGCUGGUAUCACAGUAGCAAUAAUGCAUAUACCUCAAGGUAUGGCUUACGGAGUUCUAACAACAUUACCACCUGUACAUGGUUUGUACGUGUCAUUUUAUCCGGUGAUUAUCUAUAUGAUUUUUGGUACAUGUCCACAUUUAUCUAUUGGAACGUUUGCUGUUAUAUCAUUAAUGACAGCACAAGCUAUUGAAAGUGUGAUACAACCAUCGAUGAAUAUGAUAGAUAGUAAUCAAACACUGUCUUCUAUAUCUUCAAGUGGCUCUGAUUUACUUAUGAUUAAUGAACGAAUUAGUAUAGCUACUACACUUGCUUUUCUUGUUGGACUUGUUCAAUUAAUAUUGUCUUUUCUGCGACUUGGAUUUUUGACUGUCUAUUUAACCGAACCAUUUAUUAGUGGUUUUACAACAGGUGCUGCUAUACACGUUUUUACGAGUCAAAUUCCAUAUAUAUUCGGAUUGAAAACUCCACGAGGUGUCAAUGGACCAUUUAAAUUACCAAAACUUUAUGUCAAGUUGAUAGGAAUACUCUUACGUGAUAUUAAUUGGAUAUCAACGGCUAUUGGUAUUUGUUCUAUUAUUGCUUUGUAUCUUGCAAAAUAUAUAAAUGAGCGUUUCAAAUCAAAGAUUCGUAUUGUUCUUCCCUGUGAAUUAAUUUUAGUAAUUAUUGGUACGGUGGUAUCACAUUUUACUAAACUUUCUACACAUGGUGUGUCCAUAGUAGGAGAAAUUAAACGAGGUUUACCUUUACCAACAAUGCCGACAUUCAAUCAUGUCAAUGAAUUAAUUUCACCAGCUAUUACAAUUGCAGCUGUUAGUUUAUCUAUUUCAAUAUCGAUGGCAAAAAUGUUCAGUCGAAAACAUGGUUAUAAAGUUAGUGCCAAUCAAGAAUUGUUAGCUUAUGGAAUCUCGAAUGUUGUUCCAUCAUUUUUUCAAUGUUAUCCAAAUGCGGGUUCAUUAAGUCGUUCAGUGGUACAAGAAGGAAGUGGAGGAAAAACUGUGCUAAUUGGUGGUUUUUCUUCUAUCGUUUUGGGUUCAGUGAUCAUGGCAUUAACUCCACUUUUUCGACCAUUACCAAUGGCUUGUCUAGCUGCAAUUAUCAUUGUUAAUUUAAAAGGACUAUUUUUUCAAGUUAAAGAUUUUGUGUUUUACUUUCAAAUCAGUUUAUUAGAAUGUACUUUGUGGACAAUGACCUUCGUCUCAGUUCUUUUAUUUGAUGUUGAUAUUGGUCUAUAUGUUGGUGUAUGUACAUCGUUUAUUAUUAAUACAAUACGAACACAAAAACCUAGAUUUGUUACACUCGGUCAAGUUAAAGAUACUGGACUUUACAAAAAUAUUGAUUAUUUUCCUUCGGCAUGUCAAUAUCCUAGAAUAAAAAUUCUUCGUUUUGAUGAAUCUCUUUAUGCGUGUAAUGCACCAUUUUUUAAGAGAAAAUUUUAUGAACUGAUCGGUAUUUGUCCUGUGUAUUCGCCUAUUAUUUGUUGUGGAGAAAAGCUAGAAGAGAAUAAAUCAGAAGAACCUAUCUACAAAUAUGUUAUUCUUGAUUGUUCACCUUUCAAUUAUAUUGAUACAGUUGGUGUGAAACUUCUCAUUCAAGUAUACAAAGAUUUGAAAAAACGAGGAAUAACACUGUAUUUAAGUGAAUGUCGGUUCGAAGUUCGUCACAUAUUAGAUGCAAUGAAAUUUUAUGAAAAAACAGAACUCUAUAUAAUCUACGUUACAACACACAAUGCAGUGGUGGGAGCCAUAAAUGCAUUAAACAGUGCACCGGUGAAUAAUGAUGAAAGUAAUGGCCCUACAGAGAAUCAAGUUUAG